AUGAACGCUUCUCGCAAGUUACAUCGAAUUGGUCUCGAACGCUGGAUUGGAGUAUUAAUAAUCCGAACCACGCUAGAUCUCGAGAUUGCCGCAUCGUUUUCUCACUAUAUCAGGGAGUUGAUCUUUGAAGUUUCCCAGUUUUUACCUUUGGAUAACUCCGUUUGGUCUCGAUUCCCCAAACUACGAGCUAUUUCUAUUGAUUGUCAUGAAGAUGUACAACAAGUACCGGGCGCCCAUCGGUUCGCAUAUCGAAAGGUACUUGUGACUCUGCCACAGACUCUAAAGUAUCUGGAAGUCAGACACGCUCACGGGCCUGACGCGAGCAUAAUCGCGUGUGCCAAGCGACACUGCCCCAAACUUGAAUCGCUAUGGUUGGGAAGAUGUACUGCGUUCAACCGUAUUCCUGCAUGUCAUUUUUGGAUGGCGUUCCCCUUCGAACACAACUGUUACUUCUCCUGCGAAGGAUCUGAUUCAUAUGCGCACUCGCUUGCUGAUGAGCUGGCCUCGCUCAGAAACCUCAAGUCACUUCGCUUGGGGAUAUACCUCAUGCCCUCAGCCGCAAUGCUAGCCCAUAGAUGUUUUCAUGUUUACGGCCAGCCCGCACCACCGCAGAUCAACUGGCAAACGGCGCUUACCUUAACUUCGCCGGAUACAGUUGACCCACAACCGCAGCCUCAACCUCCACCUCCACCUACACCACCUCAGGUUUCAGAUUUGAUAGCGCUGCUCCAUCAAGAACCAGAAGAAAAAAAUUGUGAAAGAUGCAGAGAAGAAUCGUUUGAUCUAUCAAGAUCCGCAACAACCAGUGCGAACCGCAUUCUGAAGAAGGGUGUCCCCAGUUUGGAGCGUAUAGAAUGGAUGGAUUGGUUCACCCCCAAACAUUUGGGCACUUGCUCUGGCUAA